CCCAACACCAAAAUGUAUGAUGUACUGCCAACCUUGACGAUAGGCUGGUCCGAACGUGAACGCCUGCAGACGGAUACCGUAAUGUGGGCUAUACUCAAAAGUCGGUUGUCAAGAAGUCAGAUGGACUCUUUGGAGGAACUAAAGUCAGAAGAGUCUCAAAAAUCGGAUUUCCCAAAAAUACUGGAUUUGAUUAGUGGACCUAGCAACGGAACCGGAACGCAGUCAACUCCUUCUGCCAUGAGAAAUUUCACAUGGGAGCGCUUUAGGAAUUCUCCAGAUAUCUGCAGAAAGAGGGUGACAGCUUACAUCAAUGCACAUCUUCGUGAGGUUGAUGCUACUGUUGGACUCUUGCGCUAUGCCACACCGGAGCUCCACCGACUAGAGCGUGAACUUGGCCUUUUAAACAUCAAAUGCAGAACGUUCUACGAGCAUUUCGCUUACAAUAGAUGCCUUCGCCAGCACGCUAAUUAUAUUCUGGACAGCUUUGAUUUAUCCGCCGAAAAGAACAUCGAGGAAAUUGUUUUGUCCGCGCCACCACUGUUAAGAGAUUCGCUUCGUCUCUAUCAGACACGUUGGCGAAAGGCUGUGUUUUCUACCAAAUGGCAUAAUGAUCUUGUAGCAGCCAAAGAAGAGCUGGAUGCUGUUCAAAAACGUCUUGAAAGAUGUAAGCAGGAGUAUGAGCGGAAGAAAAUGCAUUUGGAGAUGUAUAAGAAAAUUCAAGACGCUAAAGAGGAGUUUGUGGAUCUCAGCGAAGAGGAUAAGCUGAAGAAGGUUGAAAGUUUACUAGGAAUGAAGGCACCACCGUGCAGAAGCAAAGAAAGUACACCUGCAUCGAGAAGUGAGUCAAUUAUCGUAACUUUCACGACCACCGUUGACAAGUUUGUGAUAUGCGCGAUAAAAAAUCCUAACUAA